CUGGAUCCCAACUGCCAUUUUGUGGCAGAGGCUACUCUGCUAAAGCGGGAGAAGGAUUAAAACAAACUGCGAAGAAGCCUGCUUUUCUCAGCGGCGUGUUUAACUUUGUGGGAAAGACUCCCUGUUUUCGGUCGAGUUGAACGAGGAGAGAAACGCACAGAAAAGAGUUCCUACCUAUCAUGGACAGAGGGCCAAUGGAGGGUGUAGGGGGUGCGGAGGUCCCGCCCAAAGACUUUCCCUCGAUCCAGGCUGUUCACAGUCAGGAUGCCAUGGUGGCUGACCUUCUCCAGCAAGCUGCAGAAGCCGGGGGCGUGAUGGAGGGACAAUCAGGAGUCGUCCUGGAACAAGCAGCAUCCCAGCACCAGCUGAUGGAGGCAGCAGUAGGGGUUGGUGUGGAUGGUGGAGCAAGUGUUGAAAUGAUGGUUAUGGACUCACUGGAUCCCACCCUGUUGCAGAUGAAGACUGAGGUGAUAGAUUCUGCAGUGGGAGGAUCAUCAGCAACGCUUGGUGUCGUCGGAGGGGUGGCGGGUGCUGCUCACCAAGCAACUGUAACAACAGUGGACCAGACUCAAAUCAUCACACUUCAGGUGGUGAACAUGGAGGAACAGGCUGCUCUGGGUCUUGGGGAGCUCCAGCUGGUCCAGGUGCCGGUCUCCGCCACUACUGUGGAGGCCCUGCAGCAAGGCACCUUUGUAGACACCACUGCUAUGCCAAAGGACGGAGACCCAGUCAUCUGCCACACCCUGCCGCUGCCAGAAGGCUUUCAGGUGGUUAAGGUUGGAGCUAAUGGGGAGGUGGAGACAGUGGAGCAGGAGGAGGAAGAAGAAGGAGAAGCACACCCUGAAGAAGAGGAGGAGGAAGAUGAGGAGGUGGGGAACCAGCUGCUGGAUGAAGCGGAGGAGCCUAUUCAUCCUCAGAAUGACGACCCAAGUUGGGCUAAAGACCCAGACUAUCAGCCCCCAUCCGGAGCAUUCAAAAAGAGCAAGAAGGGUAAGAAGAGUCGUCUGCGUUACGCUGAAGGAGAUAAAGACAUGGAUGUCAGUGUCUAUGACUUUGAGGAGGAACAGCAGGAGGGCCUUUUGUCUGAGGUCAAUGCUGAGAAAGUGGUGGGCAACAUGAAACCACCCAAACCUACCAAGAUCAAAAAGAAAGGAGUGAAGAAGACGUUCCAGUGUGAGUUGUGUAGCUACACGUGCCCUCGACGCUCCAACCUGGACAGACACAUGAAGAGCCACACGGACGAGAGACCUCACAAAUGUCACCUGUGUGGAAGAGCCUUCAGGACGGUCACCCUGCUGAGAAACCAUCUCAACACACACACUGGAACUCGUCCGCACAAGUGUACGGACUGCGAUAUGGCUUUUGUGACUAGUGGAGAGUUGGUCCGUCAUCGUCGCUACAAACACACACACGAGAAACCCUUCAAAUGCUCCAUGUGUGACUACGCCAGUGUGGAGGUGAGCAAACUAAAGCGUCACAUCCGUUCCCACACCGGAGAACGUCCAUUCCAGUGCAGUCUUUGCAGUUAUGCCAGCAGAGACACGUACAAGCUGAAGAGACACAUGCGAACACACUCAGGAGAGAAACCUUACGAGUGCUACAUCUGCCACGCCCGAUUUACCCAGAGUGGAACCAUGAAGAUGCACAUUCUGCAGAAACACACCGAGAAUGUGGCAAAAUUUCACUGUCCACACUGUGACACAGUCAUCGCACGCAAGAGUGACUUGGGGGUCCACCUUCGUAAGCAGCACUCAUUCAUUGAGACCGGAAAGAAGUGUCGUUACUGCGACGCCGUUUUCCACGAGCGCUACGCCCUGAUCCAGCACCAGAAGUCCCAUAAGAACGAGAAGAGGUUCAAAUGUGACAUGUGUGACUACUGCUGCCGCCAGGAGCGCCACAUGGUCAUGCAUCGUCGAACGCACACUGGAGAGAAACCAUACGCCUGCAGUCAGUGUGAGAAGACCUUCAGACAGAAGCAGUUACUGGACAUGCACUUCAAACGUUACCACGACCCCAACUUCAUCCCCACUGCCUUUGUCUGCCCCAAGUGUAGCAAGACCUUCACUCGCAGGAACACCAUGGCUCGCCACUCUGAGAACUGCAAUGGUGAGGUGGAGGAUGCAGAGAAUGGAGCCCCAGCCCCGAAGAAAGGAAGGAGAGGAAGAAAGAGGAAGAUGAGGAGCAGGAGAGAUGAGGAAGACAGCGAGGAGGAUAAUGCUGAGUUGGAUGAAGAGUUGGAGGAUGAGGACGAGGAGGGAGAAGAUGAUGGUGAGGAAGAGUCACCACUGCUGCAAGAAGAAGAAGAGGAGCCAGAAAUCAUGGAACUGGACCAGGCCCCUGCUGCCAUCCCAGUACCAGCUCCUGACGAGCCACCUGUCAAGAGGAAACGAGGCCGUCCCCCAAAGAACGCACCAAAGCCGCCUCCUACACCGAGCAAAUCUGCCAGGGUGGCUGCCAAGGCAGCGGCUUCCGCUGCUGCUAUUAUUCACGUAGAGGAUGAGAGCACCGGAGCAGUGGAGAACAUUAUAGUUAAGAAGGAGGACAGCGAAACAUCUGAAGCAACACCUGUGGAGCAGGGACUGGCCCUGACCGUGGAAGGGGUGGAGCUAGACGGGCAAGGGGUGGAGACUGUCGAGCUGCCUGUGAACGAGGAAACGGCCACCGCAGCUGCCAACGGAGACCUGACUCCAGAGAUGAUCCUCAGUAUGAUGGACCGGUGAAUGUAGCCGGCAUAUGAGUAAAAACUGGCUAGCACAGGUUAACAUUUUCACAUUCAGGGCCUCGUCUUCACCUGUGUGAGCUUUUAAAGGCAGCCGUUUUGCCUCCGUUGAAGUGGCUGCGACAAAGAUGGCGGCAGGAAAAACAACCAAAGCGGAGCCGCGUGUAAAUAUUUAUACACACACAAACUUUAGAUCCAUGUCCAUCAACUGCAUACUGAGGAUUGUGGGGGUCACACACACACUAGCAGAUCCCUCUGACAUCUCCAUAACGAUGUCAUCCAAGCUAAUGACAGACUUCCCUUAAAUGCUUCUUUCCCGUUUGAAUGUCUUCCAAGUGAAUCAUUGUGUAUUUUGCUACUUGUUUCUACCACAAGCCGCAUCCUGUGUCUGUCCCUACCCACGCACCCAGCCGUGAACGAUUCAGCUCCUCCACAGGAGACCUUAGAUGAUCUACAUUCAUUUUUGACUUCCUGGCUCUUCUUGCUAAUGCGCAGAUUGGCUAAAUCCAAACCUUUUAUAUGUUUGUGUAUUUGUAUAUACACAUACGUACAUAUUUCUUAAUGAAACCUUGUAUAUGGUACUUGAGUUUGUCUAUGAGAUACCACCUCAGUUAUCUGUAUAUUAUUUUCCCCCAAAAGUGUGGUUUUCCUCCUCGGCCGGUUUGAACACAUGGUCCCUUUGGUCACCGAGGUAAGUGGACAGAGGGAUUUAUUCAUGAGAAAAUGGACACCAGAAGAUGCAUUCUAAUGAAGCCUAGGCAGUGGUGAAUCCAGUAGUAUUGGAAACAAAUGAAAUGCUCUGUUUCCCAUCACCAACACACAUGCUUUUUAGCGAUCACGGAGGGAAGAUGUGUGUCAUUCAUGGUUAACGUUCACCCUCCUCCUUAACCACAUUUUGAAGGAGGUAGUUUGACUGGUCCUUUGCUCGAUAGAGAAAAUGCAGGCAAUUCUGAUUCAGUUGUUUUAUAGGUGGGAUUUUGAACAUUCCAAAUACUUCAAUUAACAUGGAAUUAUGUCAAUUUAUCUGAAACGUGUUCUGCAAGGGAACACCAGCAUUUUCCUUUUUAAAAAGAUUUACUUUCCAGUUCAUAUUGGGUUUUGAAACUAGGAAUGGAUUAUUUUGAUUGAUCCUGAUAAGGUACUCGAUAAUGUCAAUUUUUUAAAAUAAUAAGGUGUUAACCUGUAGUUUAUGCACUUCUGAGCGUACGCUGUCGUGAGCUGUGAUUCUGCCCCCUGCUGUGUCAGAUUCUGUACAUGCUGCACUAAAGUCAAUAAAAGCAGAAAAGCUCA